AUGAAUGCCAUACUAGCGGAGCCUCCCCCAGAGAUCCGCAGAGAAGUUGGGGAAGUGGGGAGUGGAACGGGAAGGGGAGGAGGGGUUUGCUUCAACAAUCCUCCCUCUCCCCCUUCUGCCCUCUCUUCCCCCAACGUAACUCCCCCAGUUGUUACUCGUCCCACAAUCAGCACUGGCACAGUCAGCGGCGCAGACGCGCUCACGAUGCUGCUGGCAGGGAAUGACAUCGGUAUCGUGCGCCGCCGAGACACCACCCCUGCUGCUGCUGCUGCUGCUGGUGCUGCUGCUGGUGCUGCUGCUGCUGCUGGUGCUGCUGCUGCUGCUGGUGCUGCUGCUGGUGCUGGUGCUGGUGCUGGUGGUGCUGCUGCUGCUGCUGCUGCUGCUGCUGCUGCUGCUGCUGCUGCUGCUGCUGCUGCUGCUGCUGCUGCUUCUGCUGCUGCUGCUGCUGCUGCUGCUGCUGCUGCUGCUGCUGCUGCUGCUGCUGCUGCUGCUGUUGCUGCUUCUGCUGCUGCUGCUUCUGCUGCUGCAGCUUCUGGUGUUACUCGUCCCACGAUCAACACCGGCACGGUCAGCGGCACAGACGCGCUCACAACGCUGCUGGCAGGCAAUGACAUCCUUACUCGUCCCACGAUCAACACCGGCACGGUCAGCGGCACAGACGCCCUCACAACGCUGCUGGCAGGGAAUGACAUCGUUACUCGUCCCACGAUCAACACGGGCACAGUCAGCGGCACAGACGCGCUCACAACGCUGCUGGCAGGGAAUGACAUCCGUAUAGUGCGCCGCCGAGACACCACCCCUGCUGGUGGUGGUGGUGGUGGUGGUGGUGGUGGUGGUGGUGGUGGUGGUGGUGCUAGUGGUGGUGGUGGUGGUGCAAGUGGUGCAUCAGGCAGUGGAAUUGAGCGACAGAACGAGCUGGUGGCGGCCCAGCAGCAGCAGAAGAAGAAAGGCGGAGGCACACCCACUGCUGCCGCCGCUGCAGCCAGCAGCAGGGCCGUGUGGGCGCCAACCAACGACCCAGCAGCCAUGCUGCAAGCGAAACUCGAUGUCGAAAUGCCUCAGUUCAAGUCCCGCCCCCCUGCUGCUGCCUCUGCCGCCGCCGCUGCCGCUGCCAAGGGGGAACUCUGGCGCAAAAAAAGCUCCGCCCUGGGGGAAUCAGGGGAAACUCUGCAGGAAAAAAGGGCGGUUUUGCAAGUGUCCCAGUCUACGCGGGUGUACGGCGGUCCGGUGAUGGAAGGGAGGAAUGUGGGCAGGGUGAAGAGUGGAGGAGAGGCAGGGAUUGGAUUGCUGCUGGCGCUGCUGACCCACUCUGUGAGCCCAUCUUCCACUGUUGCUUGUUUUGAGUCGACUUUUGUGUCGACUCAGAACACGACUGCUGCUGGCGCUGCUGAACCACUCUCCUGGCGUGCAUCAAGUGGGGAGGGGGCGGCCAAGGCAGCAGCAGAGGCGGCUGCAGUCGAAGCCCCUCACUGCAGUCGAAGCCCCUCACUGCAGUCGAAGCCCCUCACUGCAGUCGAAGCCCCUCACUGCAGUCGAAGCCCCUCACUGCAGUCGAAGCCCCUCACUGCAGUCGAAGCCCCUCACUGCAGUCGAAGCCCCUCACUGCAGUCGAAGCCCCUCACUGCAGUCGAAGCCCCUCACUGCAGUCGAAGCCCCUCACUGCAGUCGAAGCCCCUCACUGCAGUCGAAGCCCCUCACUGCAGUCGAAGCCCCUCACUGCAGUCGAAGCCCCUCACUGCAGUCGAAGCCCCUCACUGCAGUCGAAGCCCCUCACUGCAGUCGAAGCCCCUCACUGCAGUCGAAGCCCCUCACUGCAGUCGAAGCCCCUCACUGCAGUCGAAGCCCCUCACUGCAGUCGAAGCCCCUCACUGCAGUCGAAGCCCCUCACUGCAGUCGAAGCCCCUCACUGCAGUCGAAGCCCCUCACUGCAGUCGAAGCCCCUCACUGCAGUCGAAGCCCCUCACUGCAGUCGAAGCCCCUCACUGCAGUCGAAGCCCCUCACUGCAGUCGAAGCCCCUCACUGCAGUCGAAGCCCCUCACUGCAGUCGAAGCCCCUCACUGCAGUCGAAGCCCCUCACUGCAGUCGAAGCCCCUCACUGCAGUCGAAGCCCCUCACUGCAGUCGAAGCCCCUCACUGCAGUCGAAGCCCCUCACUGCACCCGGCGUGCAUCAAGUGGGGAGGGGGCGGCCAAGGCAGCAGCAGAGUCUUUUCAGCAAGCAGGUGCACGGCGUGCAUCAAGUGGGGAGAGGGCGGCCAAGGCAGCAGCAGAGGCGGCGACAACGGGCGGGCAGAGGAUGAUUCGCGUGUGGGAGAGGAUGAAACGCAUCAUCCCCAGCAACCCCUCCUCUGCCGCCACUGCUGCUGCCUCCGAUGCCGCUGCUGCUGGUGGCGAUAGCAGCAGCAAUUUCCUACCAGAGGCAUGUCAUCGCAGCCAUCUCAGCCAGUCGCUCUCGGCCGGACUGAUCCCAGCCGACCAGAGGGGUCCCUCCUGGAUUGCCAUGGCAUGCUCCGACCAUGAGGACGAUCUCAUCAAUCGCACCAGCUACACACUGCUCAAGGAACGCGCUGCCUCUGCCCCUCCCACUAC